AAUGAAUACAAGCCUAACUUAUAUAAACAGAGACAAAAACAGUUUAGAACUGUCUCGCUUUCUUUCUAAUUGUCAAGCUGUUGCAUCUCAAUGAUGUUCUCCACACCACACUCCGCAGAGUAGCUUUCAGUGGUGCAAACCAGGUUAGGAGUUAGGUUAUGUUCUAACAAAUGUUACUACAGCUUUAAUCUGUUGUAAUGUCCUUCUUAACCGCAGGUAUACUUACUUGUAAAAACUUAGUUCCUCCUAAAUAUAACCUCAACAAACUAGCCUUGGAGUCAUGCAAAGUCUUACAAGUUCGAUUUUACGCAGCAAGGAAGGGCACAAGGGAGAGAAAGAAGAAAGCCAAAGUGAAGGUGGAAAUAGAGAAAGUUGGAUUCAUCCCUCACAACCAAAGAGACAAAGACAAGCUGCUUGCUAAUCGAGAACAGAGGAAAUUCGAUGAUUCCUGGAAAAAGGACCCAGUCGAUAAUGUUUACGUGGCUAAAUAUUUUAAGUGGGUCGUGUAUCCGUUUGUUGAAGCGGUGGAAUGUCACAGGGAAACUCACCACCCCGAAAUGUACAAUAAACCGAACGCCAACCUCUACGCCACUGUAGAACUAAAUAUGCAAGGAGAGAAAAAAACUCGUUUUGUGGACAAUUUCACGAGAAUCGUGAGCAUACCCCACAAAUUUGAUCACGGCGAACAGCGAAUGAUCAUCGCGUUCGCCAAGAGCCCCGAAGCACAGCAAGAGGCGGCCGAAGCGGGAGCAGAGCUUUCCGGCGGGGUAGAUUUGAUUAAGCAGAUCCAAAACGGGGAGGUUUCUUUGCAGAAUUUCCAGUAUAUAGUGGCGCAUCCUGAAAUUUUGCCUGAACUAGUUGUGUUAAGGGGUUUGAUGAAGCGGCGGUUUCCGAGCCCCAGACUGGGGACCCUAGACGUAAACUUGGGAGAAACCGUGAAUAAAUUCGUUAACGGGGUCGUUUACAGCGCCAUUAAAGACGAAUACGAGAAGGAUUUCGGUAUUGUUGAAACCAUAAUUGGGACGUUAAAUAUGGACGCAAAGCAUUUGGAGGAAAAUUUUGGGGCCCUCGUUAGGGACAUCUAUAUGAUGAAACCGAAAAGGGAGGGACAUUUCAUAUCGAGAUGUCUCUUGUGGAGCCCGCCGUCACCGGAAAAGUUAAAAGUAGAUUACAGUUUGUAUCUCGAUACUGGAGACGCUAAGGAAGAAGCGGCAGACGAGGAAGCGGAAGAGGAAACUGGAGAAAGAGUUACUUUAUAAGAUCAAUAUUUUGAGAAUGUAGUUUAAUGUUUAUAGAAUAUUCUGUUAUUUAAUAAAGAUUACAAAGAAAAAUUACAAAAUUA